AUGGGUUUGCUUUCUCUCCUUCGUAGCUUGAAACAAAACGAUCGCGAAGCACGAAUUCUGGUGCUAGGUCUGGACAACGCCGGCAAGACCACUAUCCUGCGAGCCCUCUCUGAAGAAGACAUCAAUCAUAUUAUCCCUACUCAAGGUUUCAAUAUAAAAUCAUUGAUUCACGAAGGCUUCAAGCUCAACGUCUGGGAUAUCGGCGGCCAAGAAACUAUCAGGCCAUACUGGCGAAAUUACUUCGAUCACACAGACGGACUUGUCUUUGUUAUUGAUAGCGCUGAUAGAAACCGCCUGCAGGAAGCCGGGCAAGAGCUGCAAUCUUUAUUAGAAGAUGACAAACUUGCAGGAACUCCUGCUCUGGUCUUCGCUAACAAGCAAGAUUUGCUUCAGGCACUUCCUGCAGACGAAAUUUCUGAUGCCCUGAAUUUGCACUUAAUAAGAGACAGACAAUGGUGUAUUAUGGCCAGCUCUGCAAGGACUGGAGAAGGGCUUCAAGAAGGCAUGGAGUGGCUUGUGAAGACUAUUCAGAAGUAA